GUAACAGUUAAGACUGUAAGAGGGAGGGAGCUCUUGAGAGUUGAGCAGUUGUGCCUGGACUUCUUUGCCUGGUAGCCAUGGAGAAAGAAGUCUGUAACGACGACGCAGUUAUCAAUGUGGUAGAGAUGGUGGAGAGGGAGGAGGAAAAGGAGAUCAAGAAUAUUGUUUUGGUAGAUUAYAAAGAAGAGAAAGUGGAUGUGGAAACUACCCAAAACCAAUCCAAACGACAGAAACUCUUUCAAAGGUUCGACUCACUUGAUCAAGAGGCCUCUAAGGUCUCUGGAAUGUCUACCACAACCAAGCUAACCAAGGCAGCAUCUAUGGCUGCUGCAAUGAAGCUGGCGUUCCAGAGCAUCGGAGUUGUUUUCGGCGACAUCGGAACAUCUCCGUUGUAUGUAUUUGCGAGCACCUUCACCGAUCAAACCCCAACUCACAACCAUAUAAUCGGGGCUCUGUCACUCAUCAUCUACAGCCUCACUCUCUUCCCCCUCAUCAAAUAUGUUCUCAUAGUUCUCCAAGCCAACGACAACGGAGACGGUGGAACUUUUGCUAUGUACUCGUUGAUAUGUAGACAUGUGAAGGUAAGUGCAAUACCAAGCAGCCAACAAGGAGAGGAGGAGAUGAAGCUUUCUGCUUAUAAGUUGGGAGCUGCUAACAAACUCUCGAAGAGAGCAGAGAAGAUCAAAGAAAUCAUGGAAGGAAGCUCUUUUGUCAAGACAGCUUUACUUACUGUGGCUCUCCUUGGCACUUGCAUGGUUAUUGGAGACGGGAUUUUGACUCCUUGCAUUUCAGUUCUAUCAGCAGUGGAUGGAGUGAGGAAAGUAAAUGAAAGUAUAAGCACAGACAUCGUGGUGAUGAUUUCUGUAGCCAUCUUAGUGAUCUUGUUCUCAAUUCAAAGAUUUGGGACAGACAAAGUAGGAUACACAUUCGCACCGGCAAUCUUGAUAUGGUACUUGUUCAUUGGGAUCGUUGGAAUAUUCAACUUGAUCCGCCAUGAUUCAUCAGUCUUGAAAGCUUUCAACCCUGUGUACAUAUAUCAAUAUUUCAAYGGAGACCCAAAACGAGCUUGGGUAUCUCUUGGAGGAGUUGUCCUCUGUAUGACUGGAACAGAAGCAAUGUUUGCAGAUCUGGGACACUUCUCUGUAAGAUCAAUUCAGGUAAGUUAA